AUGGCCUCCUUCUCGGAGCUCGCCUCCAUCUACUUGGCCCUCGUCCUGCACAGCGAUGAGAUGACAGUCUCGGAGGAUAAGAUCUAUGCCCUCAUUAAAGCAGCAGGUAGAAGUGUUGAACCCUUGUGGCUGGGCUUGUCUACAGAGGCCCUGGCCAGUGUCAACAUCGGGAGCCUCAUCUGCGAGGUAGGGGCUGGGGGCCCUGUUCCAGCAGCUGCUGCUACACCAGCAGGAGGUCCCACUCCCCCCACCAUGGCUGCCCCAGCUGAGGAGGAGCUGGAAGCAAAGGAAGAAGAAUCUGAAGAGUCUGAUGAUGACAUGGGCUUUGGUCUUUUUGACUAACCGUCUUCUGUAACACAGUUAAUAAAAAGCUGAACUCUUGGGGCGCCUGGGUGACUCAGUUGGUUAAGUGGCUGACUCUUGAUUUCUGCUCAGGUCAUGAUCUCAGUGUCGUGGGAUCGAGCCCUGCAUCCUCAUUGGGCUCCACGCUUAGUGGGGAGUCUGCUUAUCCCUCCACCCCUCUCCUUGCUCGUGCUCUCUCUAAAAUAAAUAAAUAAACCUUAAAAAAAAAAAAAAAGCUGAACUCUUAAAAUAAAUAAA